ACUUGCGCCUUCCUGGGCCUCGGUCGGUUCCAGCGCUGACAUGAGACCGGCGGAAAGCCAGUGCUCCUCAAACGCUGUUCCAGCUCAAGAUGGAGUACGCAAACUACGUAGCUAAGCUAAACGAAUACACACAAAAGGAGCGGCUGGGACUGAGGUAUGAGGACGUCGCAGCUGUCGGACCGGAUCACAUUAAAACGUUUACCAUACAAGCCGUUGUGAAUGGAAAGGCCUACCCUGAAGGCGUGGGGAAGAACAAGAAAGAAGCCAAACAGAAUGCUGCUAAAAACGCUUUGGAGCUCUUGUUGGACGAAUCUUCAGUUUCUAGAGGGAGCGAUGCCGAAACUUCUCCCGCUCGGGUCCAGCAGAAAGCGAAUUACACGAGUAGGUCCAACGAAUAUGGACAACCCAAUAAGGUCACCAUGCGAGCUGCGGAGACACCCACAGGCGGACCCGGUCAUUCACCCCAAUCUCGGUUUGUGGUCGGAGAUAAGGAGCUUCCAGCUGGCUUUGGGACGCAUCAUGAGACAACAGGCAAUGAAGCCUUAGAUGCUAGAGAUGACCGAGACAGCGGCACAUCAAGUCUGCAUAGUGAAGUUUUCUCAGAUGUCAGUGAUAGUGUAAGACGGUUGAGCCUAAGGUCUGAAACCGGCAGCUUUGCAGAAACAAACUUCAUAGGACUGGUCAACUGUUACUGUCAGAAAAAAAGGCUGUGCUGUGUCUAUAAAUUAGAGAAAAGAUGUGGCCCCCCUCACUCCCCAAUAUUCUUCUAUAGGUUAUUGAUUAACAAAAAGGAGUACCCCGUCGGUGAGGGCAAGAGCGUCAAGGAGGCCAGACAGAACGCAGCUCGACUAGCCUGGUCUGCGAUGGAAGAGCAGUCCGACUGGGACAGCAAGGUAGCGGGGUCCGAUGACUGUGCACAAGCCAAGCAGUUCCCGCCAAUAAUUACACAGUCCCUUCGUCAUCCAAAUCUAAGCCUUGUGACACCGAGCACUAGCGAAUCAAAUGUUUGCAGGGUUACACCAAACCCUCCCAAUGAUCAGGUGAAAAGUCCAAAUGUGAAGCCUAAAAUAAAAAUUGCAGCAAAUUUUCAAAAUGCCUGCAAGAGCAGCAAAGAGGAUAUGGUAAAUUUUGCAAUCAAGGAGAGAGAAAAUCCUCAGGGUGUAAAAACGUCAACCCAGUCCGUUUCAAGUCCCAGCAGGUUUACAACAGACUAUGACUCCAUCGAGCGACUCGAUAAAGGAACCUUUGGCCGUGUUUUCAAGGCGAGACAUAAACUCGAGGGCAAAUAUUAUGCCGUAAAGAUUGUACGCUUCAAAGAAAAGACUCUGGAGGAGGUGAAGGUGUUGUCGGACCUGAAUCACUGCAACAUUGUUCGAUACCACUCCUGUUGGCUGGAGGACACGGCCCACCAGUGGGACACGUCCACGGAAAGCAGCAGUGCUUCACAGUCUUCCACUGACCUUGCUGUCAAGUUCCUCUACAUUCAGAUGGAGUUAUGUGAGAUUAAAACACUAAGGGUUUGGAUAAGUGAGAAAAACAUCCAGAACCCCAAAAAAUCCCUCAAGGAUUUCAGGAGAAGAGAAGAAGGUCUAUCCAUUGCUCUGCAAAUGGCCAGUGGAGUCGAGCACAUUCACUCCAAGAAGCUCAUCCACAGAGACCUGAAGCCCGCUAACAUCAUGUUCAGCCGGAACGGCACAGUAAAGAUUGGAGACUUUGGUCUCGUCACGUCGGAGAUUGAAGAUGAUGAAGAGAACCAGAAAGAGAGGAGGGGGUACAAAGGAACGCCAUCUUACAUGGCUCCGGAGCAGAGGGACAAGAUGCUUUAUGACCGAAAAGUGGACAUAUUUGCUUUGGGGCUGAUCAUUUUUGAACUGUUUUGGAACAUACCCACUGUCCACGACAGGGAUCAGAGUCCAUCAGAUAUUUAUUUAAAAUCAUCUGGCAUUUCACAAAAUUCAGUGUCCUAUGCAGUCAACCAAGGUUGCCACGGCCUUUGGAAGAGAUACAGGCCUACAGCAUCACAGAGAAAUUGGCCUCUGUGCCGCAUUAUAAUUAGGUUUCCUAGACACUCUCAUCAACAUAAGAAAUAAAGAAGACAUUAUUUUACUUGUCAUUUAUUGUUCAAGCCUGUCCACAUCUGUGUGAACCUUUAGGAUCAUGUUUAAGAAAUAAGCUCCUACACCAGAAUAUCAAUCUACAUUCUUCAGCCUCCUGUUUUAGACUGUUUCAAACCUUACGGGGAAAGUAUUUGCAGAAAUGUUCUGCUCGUUAGAUUUUAACCGUACAUCUCCAAGAAGACACAAUUGCUGUUAAUUAAAGAGGCAGUAGAAGCAUAAUUUUAUGAAGAGUUUUGCUGUUAUUUAAAAAUGUGUUUUGGAGAUCCUCCUCGUUAAUUUUAACCCAACUAAACAAGUUUUUUUCUUUUUAUUGCUGCAUA